CUGCGCCGCAACCGAGCUUACCCGGUGGCUCCUCCCCGCCGCCCUGCGCCGAUUGGUAGCGGACGGAAGCCCGGCUGCUGAUUGGAUAGCGAAGGAGCCAUUCGGGGAGGCUCCGGUGGGUCGGCCGCCGCAGAGUGAUAAGUUCGGCUUCAGACACGCCUCAGCGCCAGCAGCGAGCCGGAGCUCUAUGGAGGUGGCGGCGGGUACCAGGUGGUGGCUGCAGCAGCUACUCCUCUGAGCUGAGAGUUUCAAGCCGGCCCCGUCUCCUUCCUCCCCCUUCCCUCCCCCUUUUUUGUUUUCCGUUCCCCUUCCCCCUCCCUUCCCCGUCCCCGACGACCGGAUCCAGAGGAGGCAGCUGCGGUGGCAGCUGCUGAGUUCUCGGUGAAGGCUUUUCAUUUCUACCAUCCCCUCCCCUCCCCACCCCAUCCAUUAAUAUUAUUCUUUUGAAGAUUCUUCGUUGUCAAGCCGCCAAAGUGGAGAGUGCGAUUGCAGAAGGGGGUGCUUCUCGUUUCAGUGCUUCUUCGGGCGGAGGAGGAAGUAGGGGUGCACCUCAGCACUAUCCCAAGACUGCUGGCAACAGCGAGUUCCUGGGGAAAACCCCAGGGCAAAACGCUCAGAAAUGGAUUCCUGCACGAAGCACUAGACGAGAUGACAACUCCGCAGCAAACAACUCCGCAAAUGAAAAAGAACGACAUGAUGCAAUCUUCAGGAAAGUAAGAGGCAUACUAAAUAAGCUUACUCCUGAAAAGUUUGACAAGCUAUGCCUUGAGCUCCUCAAUGUGGGUGUAGAGUCUAAACUCAUCCUUAAAGGGGUCAUACUGCUGAUUGUGGACAAAGCCCUAGAAGAGCCAAAGUAUAGCUCGCUGUAUGCUCAGCUAUGUCUGCGAUUGGCAGAAGAUGCACCAAACUUUGAUGGCCCAGCAGCAGAGGGUCAACCAGGACAGAAGCAAAGCACAACAUUCAGACGCCUCUUGAUUUCCAAAUUGCAAGAUGAAUUUGAAAACCGAACCAGAAAUGUUGAUGUCUAUGAUAAGCGUGAAAAUCCCCUCCUCCCUGAGGAGGAGGAACAGAGAGCCAUUGCUAAGAUCAAGAUGUUGGGGAACAUCAAAUUCAUUGGAGAACUUGGCAAGCUUGAUCUUAUUCAUGAAUCUAUCCUUCAUAAGUGCAUCAAAACACUUUUGGAAAAGAAGAAGAGAGUCCAACUCAAAGAUAUGGGAGAGGAUUUGGAGUGCCUCUGUCAGAUAAUGAGGACAGUGGGACCUCGAUUAGACCAUGAACGAGCCAAGUCCUUAAUGGAUCAGUACUUUGCCAGAAUGUGUUCCUUAAUGUUAAGUAAGGAAUUGCCAGCCAGGAUUCGUUUCCUACUGCAGGAUACUGUAGAGUUGCGAGAGCACCAUUGGGUUCCUCGCAAGGCUUUUCUUGACAAUGGACCAAAGACGAUCAAUCAAAUCCGUCAAGAUGCUGUAAAAGAUCUAGGAGUGUUUAUUCCUGCUCCUAUGGCUCAAGGGAGGAAUGACUUCUUCCUGGAGGGACCGUUCAUGCCACCAAGGAUGAAAAUGGAUAGGGACCCACUUGGGGGACUUGCUGAUAUGUUUGGACAAAUGCCAGGUAGUGGAAUUGGUACUGGUCCAGGAGUUAUCCAGGAUAGAUUUUCACCCACAAUGGGACGUCAUCGUUCAAAUCAGCUCUUCAAUGGCCAUGGGGGACACAUCAUGCCUCCCACGCAAUCGCAGUUUGGAGAGAUGGGGGGCAAGUUUAUGAAAAGCCAGAUUAGUUUGAGGCCUGCUCAGUCGUUUCUAAUGAAUAAAAAUCAGGUGCCAAAGCUUCAGCCCCAGAUAACUAUGAUUCCUCCCAGUGCACAGCCACCACGCACUCAAACACCACCUCUGGGACAGACACCUCAACUUGGUCUCAAAACUAAUCCACCACUUAUCCAGGAAAAGCCUGCCAAGACUAGCAAAAAGCCACCACCAUCAAAGGAAGAACUGCUUAAACUGACCGAAGCCGUUGUGACUGAAUAUCUGAACAGUGGAAAUGCCAACGACGCUGUCAGUGGUGUGAGAGAAAUGAGAGCUCCAAAACACUUUCUUCCUGAGAUGUUAAGCAAAGUAAUCAUCCUGUCACUUGAUAGAAGUGAUGAAGAUAAAGAAAAAGCAAGCUCUUUGAUCAGUUUACUCAAACAGGAAGGGAUAGCCACAAGUGACAACUUCAUGCAGGCUUUCCUGAAUGUAUUGGAGCAGUGCCCCAAACUGGAGGUUGACAUCCCCUUGGUGAAAUCUUACUUGGCACAGUUUGCGGCUCGUGCUAUAAUUUCAGAGUUGGUGAGCAUUUCAGAACUAGCUCAACCACUGGAGAGUGGCACCCACUUCCCCCUCUUCUUACUUUGUCUUCAACAAUUAGCUAAAUUACAAGACCGAGAAUGGUUAACCGAACUUUUUCAACAAAGCAAGGUCAAUAUGCAGAAAAUGCUGCCAGAGAUUGAUCAGAAUAAGGAUCGAAUGUUGGAGAUUUUGGAAGGAAAGGGACUGAGUUUCUUAUUCCCGCUCCUUAAAUUGGAGAAGGAACUAUUGAAGCAAAUUAAGCUGGAUCCAUCCCCUCAAACUAUAUAUAAAUGGAUUAAAGAUAACAUCUCUCCCAAACUUCAUGUAGAUAAAGGAUUUGUGAACAUCUUAAUGACCAGCUUCUUACAGUACAUUUCUAGUGAAGUAAGCCCACCCAGCGAUGAAACAGAUUCUUCCUCUGCUCCUUCCAAAGAACAGUUAGAGCAGGAAAAACAGCUGCUGCUCUCUUUUAAGCCAGUGAUGCAGAAAUUUCUUCAUGAUCAUGUGGAUCUACAGGUCAGUGCCCUGUAUGCUUUGCAGGUGCACUGUUACAACAGCAGCUUCCCAAAAGGCAUGUUACUUCGAUUUUUUGUUCAUUUCUAUGACAUGGAAAUUAUUGAAGAGGAAGCUUUCUUAGCUUGGAAGGAAGACAUAACUCAAGAGUUUCCAGGAAAAGGCAAGGCUUUGUUCCAGGUGAAUCAGUGGCUAACCUGGCUAGAAACUGCUGAAGAAGAAGAAUCAGAGGAAGAAGCUGACUAAAGAACCAGCCAAAGCCUUAAAUUGUGCAAAACAUACUGUUGCUAUGAUGUAACUGCAUUUGACCUAACCACUGCGAAAAUUCAUUCCGCUGUAACGUUUUUCACAAUAUUUAAAGCAGAAGCACGUCAGUAAGGUUUCCUUCUGCAUAAGGUUUUUGUAGUGUGAUGUCUUAAUCAUAGUCUACCAUCAAAUACUUUAGGAGUAUCCUUAAUGUUUAGAUAGAAUAUUAGCAGCAUGCAAUAAUUACAUCCUAAGUUCUCAAGCAGAGGCAGUCUAUUGCAAGGACCUUCUUUGCUGCCAGUUACCAUAGGCUGUUUUAAGUUAGAAAACUGAAUAGCAACACUGAAUACUGUAGAGAUGCACUUUGCUCAGUAAUACUUGAGUUGUUGCAAUAUUUGAUUAUCCAUUUGGUUGUUACAGAAAAAUUCUUAACUGUAAUUGAUGGUUGUUGCCGUAAUAGUAUAUUGCCUGUAUUUCUACCUCUAGUAAUGGGCUUUAUGUGCUAGAUUUUAAAAUCCUUGAGCCUGGGCAAGUGCACAAGUCUUUUUAAAAGAAACAUGGUUUACUUGCACAAAACUGAUCAGUUUGAGAGAUCAUUAAUGCCCUUGAAGUGGUUUUUGUGGGUGUGAAACAAAUGGUGAGAAUUUGAAUUGGUCCCUCUUAUUAUAGUAUUGAAAUUAAGUCUACUUAAUUUAUCAAGUCAUGUUCAUGCCCUGAUUUUAUAUACUUGUAUCUAUCAAUAAACAUUGUGAUACUUGAUGUAGUUGUACAUGACUUCAAAUAGUAUCUGCAAAGUUAUGGAGAAUUCAUUUUAUUUUGAGGUAUGGAUUUAUCUCAGUUUAAGAACUUGGGAAAUUUUUAAUUUCAAAGUCUUAAUCAGUAGUGAUUGAACCUGUAAAGUAACAUCCCUUAAUUCAAUCAUUAAGUUUUACACCUCAGGACUGUUGCCUAUCAAUCUCAUUCUAAUUUGAACUAUCAACUCAGUCUGACCUUUACUAUUACAGACCUUGUGUCAACUCUUUGACUCCGCUUUCUAAGCACCUAGGGAAUAAGCUUGUCUCAUCCACCAACCUCUUUGCUGCAGUACCAGGUACCUGCUAACUAAAAAACAAAACUGCAUGGUUUAGAACCCAGCAAACUUAAAGUCAUCCUAAAAUUGACUCCCUCUCGCUGCUUUUCAUUUUUCUUGCCCUUGCAUAUUCAAGUUGUUUUACUUGGAAUAGUCAGUGGUCCCCUCACCCUUUAACCUUCAGAUGUGGUAUAAAUGUCAAAGAACUAGCCUUUCUCUGCUGGGACAGUGAAAUGUUUGUAUCAAAGUCUACUGUAGAAAGAAAAAAUGUGUUUUGGCAUGGAAUCAAGAGAACAGUAGACCACAGAAAUGGGUGGUCAAGUCCUGUGUGUCCCCUGUCAAAUACCUGUUCUCAGGUGUCCCCAGCUCCUACUGGUGACCAGCCUACUAUAGGCAGAAUAGCAGAGUAAGAACAGAUAAACUCUUGCCUCCCAGUAGAACCAUGAUCUGCUUUGGCAGCUCUUGUUAUCAAGAUUUGCAGUAGAGUAGAACUGGGAAGAGUUGAAGUGGACAGCUGAGGAGGCCCAUCCCACAUCUCAGCCUGACCUGUUGUCUACUACCCAUUUACCCCUUAAAUGGGUAUAGUGGAGAUGUGUCAUGGCUGAGUGGGAUGAUGAAUUUUUUUUUUGUGAGCUUCAAUCUUAAGAGAAUUGCAGUAAUUAGAAAUUAAGAGAAUUUCAAAAUUAGGUUUAGGAUCUAAAAUGUUCUGAAUAAAAGAUUGUCUUUGAGUCUAAAGCUUGGUUGACUGCAUGAUAACUGAGUUAGGGCUAACAGAACUAACUGAAAUGAUCUGUGUAUAAUCCCACUCACUAGAAAAAUUAGUAAUGAAUAAAUGCUUG